CUUGAGCUUGAUGUCGGCGGCGGCGGCGGCACAACAGGAGCAGGACAUCCAACGGAAAUUGAGCUACAGCGCGGCGCUGCCGGUGUCCAAACCUGGAGAUAAAGUUCAAAUCUACGUUCGCCUGCGGCCACCUGUGGGCGAGGAGGACGCCGACACCUUCCGCAUUGUGUCCGACACUUGCCUCGUAGCUAAACCACCCAGGACCAGCCGCGUGACAGAAGCCGUGAGCUCGUUUCACUUUUCCCAAGUGUUCAGGCCAGAAACCACACAGCGUGAUCUGUUCGAGCAAACCACGUACGCCAUCAUUGAAGAAGCGUUAGAAGGCAAGAAUGGGCUCGUGUUUGCCUAUGGCGUGACCAACUCUGGGAAGACUUAUACGAUUUUGGGGACACCCGAACACCCCGGCAUAUUGCCAGAAACCUUCGUGACACUGUUCAAGAAAGCCGACAACUUCCGCAUCACAGCUUCGUACGUGGAGAUUUACAACGAAAAGGUGUACGACUUGCUCGCCACUGGUCAACGCCGCGUGUUUCUGCAACUUCUAGAGAAAGAUGGACGGGUGUACGUGAAGGACCUGGAGGAGCGACCGAUCAAGUCAUACGAAGAAGCCAAACUGAUGCUCGAGACCGGCCAGAAGAAUCGCCAGGUGGGCGAAACCAAGUGCAAUUCCGACUCGAGCCGCAGCCAUUGCGUGUUUUCCCUGCACUUGUACCACCAGGACGACCCCACGACGCUGUUCAGCAAGAUUUCCAUUGUGGAUCUGGCGGGGUGCGAACGCGGCGCCAAGACGGGCGCGUCGGGUCUGCGGCUGCAGGAAGCCAGCAAAAUCAACGGAUCGCUCAUGAACUUGAAUCGGUGCCUGGAAACUUUGCGGUUCAACCAACUGCAUCCAAAGUCGGAGCGUCCGGUGCCCUUUCGAUCGUCCAAGCUCACGCGCUUGUUUCAAGCGUCAUUUGUAAGCAAACAAGCCGGCCGAAUCAUUAUGAUUGUGGCCGUGAACCCUUCCACAGACGAGUUUGACGAGACGCUGCGGACGUUGCAGUACAGUGCAAUAGCGAAGGAAGUGGUCACGGCGCCAUCGAAAACCACAUUGCUGUCGAGACGACCCGUGCAAGUCAAGAUGGAGUACGGUACGGAUGGCCACAAGAAGCGAAAACACCCGAGUUUGCUGGUGUCGAAAGAUGGAGCUACGAAUGUAGUCGUCCCAGCAAAAGCCGACGGUCUGGCGACGAUCAAGGAGCGCCCGUCGAUUCGAAGCCGCAAUUCCAUCCAGCGUGUGCCCUCGACGAGGGAAAGCAGCGGCAAACCACUGGACAAGUCAACGACCACUACAGCAGGCCAUCAUCCACUAAAUAGCCGAGCUAAAGCGCCGGGAGCCAAGAAACGAUUCACGGAGCAUGACGUGGCGCUGCUGCGAGAUGAACUGGACCAGUUAAAAGACGAUUUGCAAGCCAAGGACGCCGACUACGUCCAGCAAGAGAUGCAGCUGAGACGGGAUCUCGUGCAUGAGCUCAACAAGCAACUGGACAGCAUGAAGGCGUCGUACGAAGUUAAACUGGCAGAUGUACGGGCGGAACUAGACGCGGCCAACGCCACGACCCUAAAGUUGACGCAAGAGAAGAGCCAGUUGGAGAGUUUGUGUGAGAAAUUGCAAGAGCAAAUCGACGAAUGCGAAGAUGAAAUCCGACGCAUCGAGGCGCGCCAUGCCGACGAACUGCUGGAUUUGCAAACGUUUUAACACAGAUUAUUUACCGUCGAAAAUUAAUAUCGGUUGGUCACAAC